GAUCAAAAUCCCUUUUUUGCCUUAGACAAAGAUGAGGGACGCCUGACCAAGUAGUUGAUAGACAUGUUUGACAGAUUCUAGUCUAUUUCCAUUUGACUUGUUUUAAGCUUUUUAUUUUGUGAGAUUUCAUGGUUUCUGGACUUAACAAAGCAAUUUGAUUCUGCAGACAUGCCAAGAGACGAGAACACACCACUGCUGAGGAGAAGGCAAGAAAGGAUCCGUAACUCCAGACUGUUCCUGGCCGUCUUCUCUGCUGUCCUGGGAAACUUCAGCUUUGGUUACUCCAUGGUGUAUCCGUCCCCUGUGCUCCCUGUGCUGCAAGCCCCUGAUGCUGACCCCAGACUGAGGAUGAACACCUCUCAGGCUGCAUUGUUCGGCUCCAUCUACACGCUGGGGGCCGCGGCCGGGGGGCUAGGGGCCAUGCUGCUCAACGACAAAAUUGGACGAAAGAUGAGCAUAAUGUUAUCAGCAGUGCCGUCAUCUAUUGGGUACAUGCUGAUGGGAGGUGCUUUUAACCUGCCCAUGCUUUAUGUGGGACGGUUCCUUACAGGUUUAGCUGGAGGAAUGACUGCUGCAUCCAUUCCAGUUUACAUCUCUGAAAUCUCCCACAAGGCCGUUCGAGGGGCUUUGGGCUCCUGUCCUCAGAUCACCGCAGUGUUUGGGACAUUAACUCUUUAUGUACUUGGUUUGUGGGUGGAGUGGCGCUGGUUGGCCAUAGCAGGAGGAAUACCAGCUGUGCUCAUGGUCGUGCUGUUGUCUUUCAUGCCGUCCUCUCCCAGGAGGCUGCUGUCUAUGGGCAGAGACGACAAAGCACUACAGGCCUUGCACUGGCUCCGGGGCCCAGACUAUGACCCCAACCCAGAGCUCAAUGGAAUACGGUACAGUAUCCGCAUGCAGAGCAGAGUGACUUUAUCCCAGCUGGGCACACCUGAGUAUUAUAAACCAAUCCUCAUCUCUGUGGGGAUGCGAUUCCUUCAACAGAUGACAGGCAUCACUCCAGUCCUUAUUUACCUACAACCCAUCUUCGCCAGGAGCAAAGUCCCCCUAGAAGCAAAGUAUGAUGCGGCUCUGGUGGGAGUGGUGCGACUGUUUUCAGUGGUGUUGGCAGCCAGUUUAAUGGACAAAGCUGGGCGUAAAGCUUUGUUGUACACGUCAAGUAUGCUCAUGUUCGUCUCCUCCCUGACACUGACGAUCACCUCCCACACCACUCCUUGUCCUGGCUCCCAAAACAGCACAGUCCUGAACUACAACUCCCACAAUGCCCUAGUAAACGCUACAAUGGACCCCAGCAAAAGUGAUACAAGCAUCAUUCCAGUCAUAAGCACCAUGGUGUUCAUCUUUGGAUACGCCAUGGGGUGGGGCCCGAUCACCUGGCUGCUGAUGUCAGAGGUGCUGCCGCUGGUGACGAGGGGCGUGGCCUCGGGACUGUGUGUGACGGUGAGCUGGCUGACGGCGUUUGCGCUCACUCACGCCUUCACUCACAUGUUGGACUACGGCCUGUACGUGCCCUACCUGCUCUUCACUGUAGUGUGUGUGCUGUGCCUCCUCUUCACCGCCGUGUGCAUCCCGGAGACACGUGGGCGCUCGCUGGAGGAGAUCGAGAACUACUUCAGGACGGGGCGCAAAUUCACCAUCUCCAGCCGCAGCCCCUCUGUGCUGGAUUCCACCUGAACAACACAAACUGAACAACACAGGACUGCAUUCAGUACUGUGGAACCCAAUGCUUUUUGUCAUGAGUAGCCCACUAAGCUUCAUCUCACACUCUGAAUAGCCCCUAACUCAGGCAAAUAAAUCUGUUUACUAUAGUUGUAUAGUACUGUAUUGUUCAUUAUUACUUGUAAAAAUUAUAUUUUCUUGUUUUAAAAGCACUGCACCUGAUUUUUACUCUGUUAAAAAGAAUAAAUGUUAAUUAUUAACAGUU